AUGAUGGAAGAAUUGCAUAGCCUGGACCCACGAAGGCAGGAGCUACUGGAGGCCAGGUUCACUGGAGUUGGGGUUGCUAAGGGUCCAUUAAAUAGUGAGUCUUCCAACCAGAGCUUGUGCAGCGUGGGUUCUCUGAGUGAUAAGGAAUUGGAGACUCCUGAGAAAAAGCAGAAUGACCAGCGGAAUAGAAAAAGGAAAGCAGAAGCAUAUGAGACCAGUCAAGGAAAAGGCACUCCUAGAGGACAUAAAAUUAGUGAUUAUUUUGAGUUUGCUGGGGGGAGCGGCCCAGGAACCAGUCCCGGGAGAAGUGUGCCUCCUGUGGCCAGGUCGUCACCGCAGCAUUCCCUGUCCAACCCCUUGCCGCGGCGAGGGGAGCAGCCGCUGUACGGGGUAGACGGCGGCAGCGCAAAGGACCCACAGGAGGAACACUCUGCUCUGCCAACCCUGAUGUCGGUGAUGCUGGCGAAGCAGCGGCUAGAGAAUGAGCAGCUGGCACAGAGGGGAGGUGGCCUCUGUUUUACUUUUGUCUCGGCCCAGCAAGGCAGCCCAUCUUCUACUGGAUCAGGGAACACUACUUCCCAAAAACAGAUUUCCAUCCAGCACAAACAGUCCCAGUCACCUCUGGCAAUGCCAAAAGCAAGUCAGUUGAAAAACAGUAAGAACUCUGACUUGGAGAAGAAGGAGGGGAGGAUAGAUGACUUACUAAGAGCCAACUGCGAUUUGAGGCGGCAGAUAGAUGAGCAGCAGAAGAUGCUGGAGAAGUACAAGGAGAGGUUGAAUAGAUGUGUAACAAUGAGCAAGAAGCUUCUCAUAGAAAAGUCAAAGCAGGAGAAGAUGGCAUGCAGAGAUAAGAGCAUGCAGGAUCGAUUGAGGCUUGGUCACUUCACCACAGUGCGGCAUGGGGCAUCCUUCACUGAGCAGUGGACAGAUGGCUAUGCCUUCCAGAACCUCAUCAAGCAACAAGAAAGGAUAAAUUCCCAGCGGGAAGAAAUAGAAAGACAAAGAAAAAUGUUAGCAAAAAGGAAGCCCCCUGCCAUGGGACAGACCCCCCCAGCAAGCAACGAGCAGAAGCAGCGCAAGAACAAGACCAACGGAGCAGAAAAUGAAACGUUAACAUUAGCAGAAUACCAUGAACAGGAGGAAAUCUUCAAACUCCGACUAGGUCAUCUUAAAAAGGAAGAAGCAGAGAUCCAGGCAGAGCUGGAACGGCUAGAGAGGGUUAGAAAUCUACAUAUCAGGGAAUUGAAAAGGAUACACAAUGAAGAUAAUUCACAAUUUAAAGACCAUCCAACGCUAAAUGAUAGAUACUUGUUGCUACAUCUCCUGGGUAGAGGUGGCUUCAGUGAAGUAUAUAAGGCAUUUGAUUUAACAGAACAAAGAUAUGUAGCUGUGAAAAUACACCAGUUAAAUAAAAACUGGAGAGAUGAGAAGAAAGAAAACUAUCACAAACAUGCAUGUAGAGAGUACAGAAUUCACAAAGAACUGGAUCACCCUCGAAUAGUGAAGCUCUAUGACUACUUCUCGCUGGAUACUGACUCGUUUUGUACAGUGUUAGAAUACUGUGAGGGGAAUGAUCUGGACUUCUACCUGAAACAACACAAGUUAAUGUCGGAGAAAGAGGCACGAUCCAUUAUCAUGCAGAUUGUGAAUGCUUUAAAAUACCUAAAUGAAAUCAAACCUCCCAUCAUACACUAUGACCUUAAACCAGGUAACAUUCUUCUAGUCAAUGGUACUGCAUGUGGAGAGAUAAAAAUCACAGAUUUUGGACUUUCCAAAAUCAUGGAUGAUGAUAGCUACAACUCUGUUGAUGGCAUGGAACUGACAUCACAGGGGGCUGGUACUUACUGGUAUUUGCCACCAGAAUGUUUUGUGGUUGGGAAAGAACCUCCAAAGAUUUCAAAUAAAGUUGAUGUCUGGUCAGUGGGAGUCAUCUUCUAUCAGUGUCUCUAUGGCAGAAAGCCCUUUGGUCACAACCAGUCACAACAAGAUAUUCUGCAGGAGAACACAAUUCUGAAAGCUACCGAGGUGCAGUUCCCUCCAAAGCCAGUAGUCACACCAGAAGCAAAGGCGUUCAUCCGGCGCUGCCUGGCCUACCGCAAGGAGGACCGGAUAGACGUCCAGCAGUUGGCUUGUGACCCCUACUUGCUGCCUCACAUCCGGAAAUCUGUAUCCACCAGCAGCCCAGCUGGAGCUGCAAUUGCAUCCACCUCUGGAUCAUCCAAUAACAGCUCUUCAAACUGA